AUGUGCGCGAGAAAGGUUAAAUAUGCUGCGGGAGAUGAUUUGAUGCUGUACGCAACACCGAAGGAAGCCAUGGAAGCUACCAAGAGAGCUGAACUGGAAGAAAAGAUGAAAAGAAAUCAGCAGAAAGUGGCUUCAAAAUCUCAGGGCGAUGGUAGGAUGAAUACCAGAGUCACGUCUGCUCCGCCUGUAGUAUCUUCCGCAAAUUAUCAAAAUUCAAUGGCAUCGUCUCCCGCACAAUAUCAGCAUUAUUCACAGCUACAAGAAGCGGGAUGGGCUAAUCAAGGAAAGCAAAGACCAGUACCACCUAGUUCAUUGCAUAGAAAUCAGAUGUCUCCUACUGUGGCAAACCCCACAAGCGGUCACCAUAGUGUAGGCACGCCUUAUGUACACAAUAUGAAUUCCUCAUCUCAUAUUUUGAAUAAAUCCCAAGCCAAUGCUCUCAAUUCACCCCAGUUCCAGCCUUUCCCACCACCAUCAAGGAACUGUAAUAACCGUGGUAUGGGAACUCCUUCACCUCCAAGAAAUAUGCCAGUUAACAAUGCAGAUCUUGAGGAACAAAGGAAUAUACGAAUUGCAACUCAAUUGUUUCACCGCCAUGAUGUUAGAAAAAGAGAAAGGUUGACCGCGGAAGAGUUACAAAACUUACUACAAAAUGACGAUCAAUCCAGCUUUUGUAUAUCUUCAAUUGAUUCUCUAAUAAAUUUGUUUGGAGCUUCCAGAUUUGGGACAUUAAAUUUGGCCGAAUUCAUAUCUAUGUAUAACAGAAUCAAGCUUUGGAGGAAGAUUUAUGUUGACAACGAUAUCAACGGGUCUAUGACAAUAUCCGUCAACGAAUAUCACAAUUCUCUCCAAGAACUUGCCUAUAGAAUACCGUUUGCCGUAACGGAGAAGUUAUUUGACCAGUAUGCACAAUUUAUAAAUCCGGCUGUCAACUCCAAGGAACUCAAAUUUGAUAGAUUUGUUGAGAGUCUGGUUUGGCUGAUGAGAUUAACGAAAUCAUUCAGGAAUUUCGAUUCACAAGAAAGUGGUAUCGCCACGAUACCAUACAAGGACUUUAUUGAGACAUCGCUCUAUUUAGGCAGAUUUCUUCCUCAUUAA